AUGUGCGCUCCUUUCAAGGGAUACACCACGAGUCCACGACGACCGUUUGGCGUGUCAGAGUUGGGAGCCGCACUCCCCUUCGCUGCCAGUGGCGAGCGAAGCACGGGGCGAACGCCAACCUUGGGUCCCGGACAGCCCCUCCUGCCACCGCUGCGCAAAUGCUCCCCGGCCAGGCAGGCGGAUCCUAUACCCACAUCGGCACCCGCACCCGGGUCUGACUGGAGGGACCACCAUACCUCUGUUGUAGAGGAUGGACUGCAGCGCCUUCACGAAUGCCUGAUCGUCGUGGUCCUCCGCACACAACUUCUGAAUUGCCCCUUUGAAAAAGGUCUCGGCCUGCCAUGGCCACCCAUGACGAUCAGACACGUGGCCCACGAAGCCCUCGAUGCUCUCCAUCAGUGCCUUGCGUCCGCCUUGGAGGUGCUCGUUCCGCUCGAUCGUGAGAGGCACUGUCGUCAUCCUCACCAUCGACGUAGUAGUCUGGACCAUCGUAUGAGUAGUAGCGGUCAGCGUCAGCUUCGUGGGAUCUUUCGAGACGGCCUUCACACAUUCGGUGCAGGAAAACUUGGGCUCGGCGUCGGACAUGGGAUGAUCGUGUGA